AUGAUGGACGCCACGCCGCACUACUCGCCCGUACUGCACCUCCUCUCCCUCUCGCUGCGCCGAGCCACUCCACAGGAGCUGGCCGAGGCAUCUUCCUCCAUCUCCACCCGCCGUCAGCGAGAGUUCGAGCGCCUCCCAGGCUCACCCGCAAUAAGGGCCGUGCAAGCAGCGCUCCUGAAAGCCCUCUACUUCACCAUGGACUAUGCCCAGACGUCUGUCAUCGCUGCGGUCUUUGCCUUCAAGAUGGCCGAGUGGUGGUACCAGACAGGCGAGCAGAAGCUCAGUGCUCCCACUCUGUACCCUCCGCCACCACCCCCCCCACCUCCUAAGGUGACCUCUGCAGGCAUCCCCGUGCCUGCUGAUCGCUCCCUGUGUCCGCUCUGCCUCUGCCGUCGCACCAACCCCACCGCCCCUGCCACCUCCGGCUUCAUCUUCUGCUACCCCUGCAUCUUUGCCUACGUGGACAAGGCAAGCAAUCCUGUACCCUGGUAA